GCAGUUAUGCAAAUGUCUGUCCAAUGGAAAGCAAGCUGUGGUGAAAGCAACGGAGCUUCAGGUCUCCAGAAGACAUUGUGUAAUAGCGGUGGACUGUAUAUAAGGUGAAGCCCUGCCAGAAAAGCAAAGGCUGCGCACACGUCUUUCUGUACACCAAGUGUUUUUCCUGCUCUGAGGUACAAUGCUGCGCUUCCUCGUGGCCCUUUCGCUGCUGGCUCUGUCCUGGGCCCAGGACUGCCAGGUGGCCAACUUCCAGACCAUGCAGAACUUUGACAAGACAAGGUAUGCUGGGACCUGGUACGCUGUUGGAAAGAAGGACCCAGAAGGUUUGUUCUUAAUUGACAACAUCAAGGCCCAGUUUACUGUGGAAGAGGACGGCAAAAUGACCGCAAAGGCAGUCGGCAAAGUCAACAUCCUGAACAACUGGGAGAUGUGCGCUGAAAUGUUCGGCACCUUCGAGGACACCGAGGACCCAUCCAAGUUCAAGAUGAAGUACUGGGGAAUUGCAUCCUACCUGCAGUCUGGAAAUGACGACCACUGGGUCAUCGACACCGACUACGACAACUACGCCGUCCACUACUCCUGCAGACUGCUGGACAGCGACGGCACUUGCAUCGACAGCUACUCUCUAAUAUUCUCCUCUUCCCGUCACCCCGGCGGCCUGAGGCCGGAGGACCAGCCCAUCGUCACCCAGAGGAAGAACGAGCUCUGCCUGCUGGGCAAAUACAGACGCGUCGACCACACUGGCUUCUGUCCAAACAACGGAUUUCUACAGUGA